GGGCGGACUGAGUUGGUAAAGACACAAAAGUUCCGAAGGAACAAGCCGUGAAGGUAGGUUCGCGAGCAAUCAUCAUACGAAAAUGAACCAACCUACAACUUCGUUUGCCGGAACCACUAGCGCUUAUUUCGGGAGAUCCGGGAAGCUACCUAAAUGGAGAGCCCACGCCUGCAGGGUGGUUAAUUCGCCGGGUUCGCCUCGUUAGGGAAGAAAAAUGCGCAUGAAGAAGCGGCUGUUUGAUAAAGCGGAUGCAGAUGCGCUAAGGAUGAAUGAAGCAAAGAUAGAUCUGCUAUGCGCUUGUUUCUGGGGUCGGUCCGAAUUCAACUAUGUCGGGGAAAGGCUUGUAGUCUUUGGCUGCCGGCUGGCAACGAAGCUCGUCGAGGAGGAUGGUCGGAGACCGGCAUCACAAUAUGGGGGACUUUGGGGGCGCCUAUCAAACUCUUCACUGAUACGACUAUCGAUGACCAAGUCCUUCUUUCGGUCAGGUCAAGGGAGGCCAGUUCCAUUCAGACAGAAAAGAAUGCAUUGCCCUCUUAGAGAGGAGCAGGUCCGGGCUAUCCUUUUCAUUCUCAGUCCUUGGGCGAUUCAGUCCAAAGAGGAAAGGCCAAAGGUAGUGCGGGUGACCCCGUUCUUUAGGUAUUGGCCCAAGUCGUUAAUCGGAGUAGGACUACCGGUGAUUCCACCUUGGAACGAGCAAGCUAUCUUCUUACGGGGUGGCGGCGGGCUAUUAGCUCAGGGGCGGUGGUAACCCACUGGCUUACCGCUCGCAU